AUGAUCAACGAAUUAAUCAACUUCAACAACGAAUGUACAUGUUCUUCAUGUCAAAAUGGUUGUUCCUGUGGUACUGCCGAAUCGUCAUCAUGUGGAUGUAAUGGUACUUGUGCAUGUGCUAAGAAUAAUUCAAAAACAUGUUCCUGUCCAGCGGAUUCUAAAUGUCAUGGCUCAUGUGCUAAUGGAGAAUCAUGUAAGUGUAAGUAA